AUGCUCUCCCUGAAGCUGGAUGACAGCUUAGUUUAUCCUGGUGGCCCGAAGUGGAAAGAAUGCUUACCCCCAGAGUUGCUGGCCCAACCAGGCCUGCAAGCCAUGUGUUCGGAAGCAGCGUCAGUGCAGGAGUGCAUUGCGUUCCGACUUCCCAAACUUGGUGCACUUGCUGGCUCUGUGUUGAGUCAUGCUAUCAAUGUGAUCGACGGUCUUUGUUAUAGACUCUCUCCCCUCAUCUUUAAGAUAGGGUACACUCACGAUGCAUCUUGGCGCUGGGGGAAUAGCCUUUAUGGCUACAGUUCUGCCAAAGAAAGAUGGACGGGCAUGAUCGUGUUUUACAUCACUUCGGAACCGUUUGGUCCUGCUAUGUUGGAAGCAGCCCUGAUCGAAAAGUAUCACAGUGCCUUGUUGGCGGCUGCGAUCCGCACUGCGCAAGGCGUGGUGCAGGAUAUAGGCUUGGAAAGCGCCAGCAGAUCUGGGGGCUUGACUGAGCUUAGCCAAUGCUCCCAGGCACACAGUGAAAGUGGGGGCCGGAAAGUGGUGGAACGAUUGCGCUUGACAAUCCCAAUUCCUCUGACCACAAUCCCAAAGACACUUGGGGUGCGCUAUACGGGUGAGUUUCAAGCUUUGAAAUUGGAACAUUGGUGCCAGUUUCUAGUUGACAAGAACUGUUGGCACAUGGUUUGUGGCCUUGUUCGCCCUGACCCAGAGCGAGAAAGGGCAAUCUUGACUGAGUUCUGGACCCGUUUUCGGGCACUCCAUCCAGACCAUGGUUUGUUUGCCACAGAUCGGGAUUGGAGCAGGACAGUGCCAUUGUUGCUUCAUGGCGACGAAGGUCGCGGCAGAAAGAAAGCACCGUUCUUGAUCUGCUCCUACCAUUCCGUUUUGGGAUUGGGCACCGAGGCUGCCAACAAGGCCAGGAAAACCAAGCCGUACUUGGCGAUGAAGUUGAACUAUUCAGGGAGUUCGUUUGAACAUCGUUUUCCUUCAACUGUUCUUCCCAAAAUGGUGCGCGAUGAAGUAGCAUUGCGAGAUCUUUUGGAGUUCAUGACGCGCGAUGCAUUGCACCUGUUGGAGCACGGCGUUCGAAGCAAGGAUGGGCACACAUUUUAUGGUGCUUGCAUCAGCAUAGUUGGGGACUGGGUCUGGUCGGUGAAGGCAGGUGACCUGCAGAGGUCAUUCCACAACGUGGAGAAACGUGCUCGGAGUGAAGCUGCAAACCCGCGAGGUAUAUGUCACCUCUGCCAAGCGGGGCAACUCAAUGUACCUUUUGAGGAUCUCCGAGUGAACGCUGAAAGACCUUGGAAGAACACAAUGUUUGCGCAGAACCCAUUCAAUGGUACUCCUUCGCUGUGUCGUCUACCUCACGUGCCGCAUCAAUUGCCCCGGCUGUUCUCGUUUGACCUUUGGCACGCCUGGCAUCUGGGAGUUGCUAAAUCAUUUCUUGCUGGUUGCUUAGCACUUUUGAGCGACAACAUGGACGGGGGUGGUGGCAGCGCGGAAAGUCGAUUUCAAUCUUUGACCCAGGCCUACUUGCAGUUUUGUGACGGACGGGGCCAUAUGCCAUUCGUUUCCACAAUUUCUCAGCUGACCAUAGGAUGGCCGGACCGUGCUACAUAUCCAAACGGAUAUUGGUCAAAGGGGCAUGUGUCGACCCUUUUGUCAAAGUUCUUCAAUGACUACAUGUCAAGCAACAAUGUCGACGUGGAGCAGAUGUACCACAGUGACUUGCUCAAGCUGUGCUUUGAUUGCAAUUCUUGCAUCAGUUCUUGCUUGAAAUCGUUGUACAGCUCAGACGUUUGGAUCCCUGUUGCAGAGGCAAAGGCGAUAGCCAUGAAAGGCCUGAAAUUUUUGGAUGGAUACCAUGCUCUCGCCGUGAUGUGUUACCAAAGAAAUAUGGCUAUGUUCCCGUUCAUGCCAAAGAUUCACAUCCUGGAUCACAUCUUCACGGAGCUGUAUGAGACAGCAUGCAGACGUGACCUGUCCUUCGCAGCCAAUCCACUCAUCACAGCUGUGCAAAUAGACGAGGACUAUAUAGGCAAAGCAUGCCGUGUAAGCCGUCGAACAGGAGCUGCUCAGGUCAUCACGAGGGUUCUUCAGCGGCUGCUGCAAGCCAGUUACAAACACUGGAGAAAAGCAGGAUACAUUCGAUCUUGA